AUGAAAUGCAUCUUAGCUGUUUAUCAUUCAGCUAUAAAAGAUGCAACGGUAGCAGCGGAUCUAGCAUCGAAAUGUCGUAAAACUAAUGCAAAUACUUUAUUACAAAUUGAAUUGGCUCUAUCUAAUUUGAUUCCAAAAGAAUGCAAUAUCACUUCUGAAACCGAUUUGACAACUUUGUUAUCCAAUUUCUUUGAAAGCUUUCAAAAAAUUCUAGUUCGUUUGAGUUCGGAUGAAGAUUUAAAAUUAUCCGAUACAUUUCGUUACUAUGCAAUUGAUACUGGAGCUGCACGUGACCUACUCUAUCGUCGAUGUCGUGCAUUAGCAGAUUAUGAAACUGCUAAUCGUAAUCUUGAUAAAGCUCGAGCACGUAUGAAAGAUGUUCAAACAGCGGAAGAUGCACAAACUGCAGCUAAUGAACGUUUCAAAUCUAUUUCAGAAUCAGCUAAACUUGAAUUAGAAGAUUUCAAAGUUCGUCGAAUUAAAUAUUUCCAUAAAAAUUUAGUUGAUCUCGCUGAAUUAGAAGUCAAACAUGCUAAGUCCCAGAUAGAAUUAAUAAAAUCUUCAUUAAUGCGAUUAAAACUAAUCAAUAUACCUGUAUGA